AUGGAAAAAAAUAAUAAACAAAAUUAUUUAUCUAUUGAGAGGGUUAAUGAAUUAACAACAAACAAUUUAACUAAACGAGAAAGGAAUAAAAGAAGAAAAGUGAAUUAUAAUAUACCCACAACAACAAUAAAUGAGGAGGAAUAUAUUAAUAUUGGAAUUAGGCCUUCACUAUUCCCAAAAAAUAAGAAUAUGAAUAAAAGAGAUGAAUUUACACGUGAAACUACAAUGUAA